UCCUGUAACUCCCUUUUGCUGGAGAACUGCAUGGAUGAAGGAUUGAGUAAUACAGUCUUCAAGUAGGCUGCGGUAAUAAGGAUACAAACUGCACUGGUCCUGAAAUGCCAAGAUGGGCCAUUUACACCAUCUUUGCCGUCAUCGUCUUGCUGUUUUUGGUGUGUAUUAUUUGGGUCUUUGUGAAAUACUGCUGCAAGAGCAAGAAAAAGAGAAAGAACAACCCGGACCAUCAGAUCAAUCUACAAGGGGUGACUGGUUCCACGACUACAUCGCUAGUCCAACCUGACUCGGAUGAUGCAAACUACGGCUCAGCUAAAAACCGUGGAAGACUACUCUACUCUCUGGAAUACAAGGCACAAGAGCUGACAGUGGGGAUUAAACAGGCUACAGCACUGCCAGCUAUGGACCUGGGAGGCACCUCUGACCCCUAUGUUAAAGUCUACAUCACCCCCAACAAGUCAAAGACAUUCGAGACUAAGGUCUACAGGAAAACCCUUAACCCCAUUUUCAAUGAACACUUCACAUUUGAGAUUGACAAAGCUGAGCUCAAUGAGUCCACCCUAGUCAUGAAGGUGUUCGACUUCGAUAGGUUCUCCAAACAUGACAUCAUCGGGGAGCUGAGGCUGCAGCUCGGAACCAUUGACUGGAAUCAUGUGAUCGAGGAGUGGAAAAACCUUAGUGAACCCUCCAAGUCUGAGGAUAUCAUUCUGGGGGAGAUCUGCUUCUCAUUGCGUUACGUCCCGACCUCCAGCAAACUGACUGUUGUCAUCCUGGAAGCCAAGAACCUAAAGAGUAUGGAUUUAGGGGGCUCAUCAGAUCCCUAUGUAAAAGUACAGCUAGCUUUGGACAAGAAGAAGUGGAAGAGAAAGAAGACAUCUGUUAAAAAGUGCACACAAAAUCCCUACUUCAACGAAUCUUUUACAUUUGUGGUGUCAUUUGAACAAAUUCAAAGGCUUCAGCUGGUGAUUUCCGUGUGGGACCAUGACAAGUUUACCAGGAACGAUGCUAUUGGGAAGAUCUUCCUGGGUUGUGAUGCUACAGGGAACCAGCAGAGGCACUGGGCAGACAUGCUGUCCAACCCCCGUAAGCCUGUGGCCCAGUGGCACAACCUGUUUUCCAGUGAACAGGUGGACUCCAUUCUCGAACUCAAACACUCAGUCAGGAUCCCCUUCAUUAAUAAGAACUUUUGAGAAAACUUAGACUUGCUUGCCAGACUCAUGACACUCCAGCGACUGUUGGGAAGACGCUAGAAAUAACCAACUUCCGUCCUCUACUUCAGUUAGCUAAUAGCAGCUUGGAGGCUCGAGCACUUUUAAACGCUGAUAAAAUGUUCCAAUAUGCAUGCUGGACAUCCGGAUUUAAAUAGUUGCAAUUUGUAUAGACAUGUUAUGAAAUACAUACGUGACAGGUCCAGUUAAGAAUAGGAAAAUAAUCUAUUUUCUAUGUAGCCCAUUGUUUAUUGGUUUUAUACUCAAGUUGAAUAUAGCAUUUACAGUCAAACCUAAAUGCUGCACAGACAGUAUGACUAGCAUACAAAAAGACUCCAUGGCCUGGGAGAGCAUACUGUAGGCCCACCCACUUGGGAGCGAGGCACACACACUGGGAAGUCAGGCCCAGCCAAUCAGAUUUGUUUUUCCCAACAAAAGGGCUUUAUUAUUCAUCAGCUGUCCUGGUGGCUGGUCUCGGAUGAUCCCGCAGGUAAAGAAGCCGAAUGUAUGGAGGUCCUGGGCUGGUACGUUACACGUGGUCUGCGGUUGUGAGGCCAGUUGAAUGUACCGCCAAAUUUUUGAAAACCCAUGUUGGAGGCGAUUUAUGGUAGAGAAAUUUACAUUAAAUUUUCUGGCAACAACUCUGGUGGACAUUCCUGCAGUCAGCAUGCCAAUUGCACGCUCCCUCAAAUUUUGUGGCAUUGUGUUGUGUGACAAAACUGCACAUUCUAGAAUGGCCUUUUAUUCUCCCCAGCACAAGGUGCAGCUGGUUAAUCUGCUUCUCGAUAUGCCACACUUAUCAGGUAGAUGGAUUAUCUUGGCAAAGGAGAAAUUAUCACCAACAGGGAUGCAAACACAUGUGUGCACAACAUUUGAGAGAAAUAAGCUUUUUUUGCAUAUGGAACAUUUCUGUGAUCUUUUAUUUCAGCUCAUGAAACAACGGACCCAUACUUUGCAUGUUGUAUUUAUACUCUUAAUUGAUGGAAAUAUGCAAUAAAUCCAUGUAUGGCUUCUCAUUUCCA